ACGCGACCUUGAUGAGCACAGUCACUUUUUGAACAAAUCCAGCAUACUGGCGCGCGACACCGACACCGCAUGACCGAUCAGUCUGUCUCUGAACGCAAUCUCUAGGAGAUAGCAUCCUUGAACCGCUACGGUGCCCACUCCCCAGCGCCGUAACGUCCGCCCACGACCAUUAUCGAUUUGCACUACCACGACAAUCCACCACCUCGAUUUUCGAGUCUACGUAGCGACUUACACUUGAGCAAUUUCCUACGCGCCUCCCUCCUCACCUCUUUCUUUGGAGGAUCAGCACCUCUUAAAGCACCAUGGCGCAGACCAAGCAUGUGAGACGCCAAUCCGAACGCACGACUCCCCGCAAAGGGCAAGGCUCUCAGGUCAAGUCGAGAACAAGUAUGGGCCGACCUCGCGCGCAACCCGGCGACCCAGUGCCCACGAGGAGACCGCAUCGAUAUAAGCCAGGAACAAUUGCUCUUCGAGAAAUCAGACGAUAUCAGCAGUCAACAGAUCUGUUGAUUCUCAAACUCCCCUUUGCGCGUCUAGUCCGCGAAAUCGCAAUUGAUCUCCUUCCCACUCGAGCAGCUCAGGAGUUAAGAUGGCAGAGUCAAGCAAUACAGGCACUACAGGAAGCCAGCGAAGCCUUUCUCGUACACCUCUUUGAAGAUACCAAUCUUUGCGCCAUCCACGCAAAGAGGGUUACUAUAAUGCAGAAAGAUAUCCAGCUAGCUCGGAGGAUAAGAGGUGCCUGGGGCGGUCUGGGCUGAGUGUGCUUUGUCACAUUUUCAUGAUUACUGUUAUGUAUGUACAGCGCGGCGUUUUUGGCCUUGGGAUGGUUUUAUGGCACGGAUUCGGCCCUGCUCAUAUUCAGAGCAGAGAAGCCUAAAACAUCAAAGGAAGAAGUCUUGUUGGGUUUUUGAACACUGAUUUUGGAUGCUUAAUGCUGUCUACGAGCGUUUCUUAUUGCUGAUAACGCAACAAUCCUUUUAUCCCAAAGGGAACAUCUGAGGAACGAGAUUAAAAUCCAAUGACGCUUCUUGUUACAAUCUA